AUGAGUUUUGAAAAGAUGACAGACGACAAACAGAUUAAGGGAUGGUCACCGGUAUCGUGUGGAUAUCCUUUGUUGAACAACAGCACGAUCUUGCUGGUAUUCCGUCGCUUGGGAACCAGCAGUCCGGGAGUGAAGAGACGGGAACGAAGUGAAGACCAUCGCUGCCCGCAGAGUUCACAACCUCGCUGGGAGCCUUACGUUGGCGUCCUCGUCAAAACGAGUAUGGCAAAGAACAUCAACUCUUUCGAACAAAUUAUUACCCGAAUCAGACGUCUGCGGAUGAGAAGAUGUGGUCCAACACCAGCUUUGACUAUCUUCGUCGCUUACGCACCAACAUCAAGCUACGAAGAAGAAGAAGUCGAAGCUUUUUAUAUGGAGGCAGAGAAGUUCUACAGAGGACCACACUUUCUACAAGGUCAUUGUUGGUGA